GGGGAAUUCAGUAAGCUACCUUUAGCAAUUGCUCUUCAGAAAAACUCUCCUCUUAAAGAACCAUUCAAUAAGGUACUGAAUGAAAUGCUUACCCAACGCAGAUUGGCAAAUCUGAAAGAAAAAUGGUGGGAAGAAAACCCGGCUCGUAUAACGUGCAAAUCCCAGGAUUCCUUCACUGAUGAAAGGACCUACCUCACUAAUAUUGGAGGAGUUUACUCUUUGAUCAUUAUGGGGUUGUUGCUUGCUUUUUUCACCUUAGUAUUUGAGUACUACAACCCCAAGGAUUACAGAUCCCAGGCACCAUCAAGUAACUCUAGCAAAGGACCUCAUUCAAGCUCAUUGCCUUUCCAGAGCUGCCGCACAGAAAAUGUUCGAUAUAAGUGAAGCCACGGAAGCCAAAGUUACAAUCGUUGUUGCUAAGUGGCUUCAACAAGCCAAAACCAGAUGUGAAAGAAGAAUUUUUUCAGAGGGAAAAAACCUGCCACUGUGGACAAUGGGGAAGAGGUUCCACUCAGUGGGGAUGAAGAUCCAAAAAUAAAUUAUGAAUCUAAAAAGUGAUACAUUUGAAAAUAAAUGUAAAUGUAAAAUUUUAGCGUGCUUGGACUGUAGUCUAGGGAUCGUCACC